UCAACUUAUCUAGUACACCCACUUGUACGAUUUUGCAAUCUUUGAUAAUAAGUUGAGUUAUGUUGUUGAGAUUAACUGAUUAUCAUCAUGCCAUCAUUAGCGACGAAGUCAGAAACUAGAGUGAGGAGAUAGGUAGAAAUAAGAAAUUACAACAUCUUCCAGAACCUUGGAGGGGUGGGACAAGUAGAUUACAUCCGGCUACUUCUCAUUGUUUGACAGACACAUGUGUGCAUAUAUUACGACCUCGGACUAAAUGCUAAGCUACACGAAGCUCUUCCAGUGGGUAUAUAAGAACUUUAGUUAACAAAACUGUCAUAAUAUGAUGGAACUUUGGUAAUCCACAAUAUUAAUGUUUGGCUGAAAACACCAUAUUUGAUGGGGCCAACAACUUAUGCAAUUUCACUUCAAGUUAGAUGAAUACAACCUGAAUUAUAACUGCAUUUGGCGUGUGAAACGGUUUGGUCCAUACCACAACUAUGGUGAUGAUGAAAUGUGGUAAGGGUUGAGUUUGGGGUUAUAAAUUUUGUAGGGACGAGGGAGAGAAGGAGGGGAGGCAGAUGGCCCAAAGAUGUCUUGGGAGCAUUAGGACAAGAUUAGGGAAAGGGUGCCCUCUGCGUGGGUAUCCAGCCCAAUUUUUGUUGGGGGUCAACUACAGCAAGCAAGCAUAUAUAUUUCCCUACUAAACUCACACAGCAAACUAACUCUCAAAUCGACAGCCUUUGUUCCCAUGUGCUCUAAUUUAAGAGCAACAUUCCAAAAUAACAAACCCCUUUGUGCCCCUUCUGGCUUCUUCCCCCUUUCCCCCACACAUAAUUCUUAAUCUCUUAGGGCAAACAUCAAUCUCAAGGUGAUUAAUUAUCAACUCCCUAUCAUCAUCAGCAUCAUCCUCAUCCUUCAAGAGUCACUUCACUAGCUUGUCCCCUCAAUGUAGUCAUCUUAACCCACAUGGGAGAAGUUUUACAAGAACUUUAUAUUAUGCGACUGAAUGUACCAUGUUCGAGCCCAAUCCAUGGAGGGUCGACUAGGUUCAAGCGGUUUGCGGGCAUAGGGAGAGCCAGGUUACUCGUUUAUGAAGAAGAUAGUAGUCAUGCCAAUAUUGCUUCAAUGAUUUAUGAAGAUAGAAUUCAUAUUUAUAUUGUUCUUGAGGGUGGUUGUCUAUAUCAAGCACCUUCCAACCAAUUAACGCAUUGGUUGGGCGCAUUGGCACCUUCUAUAUUCUUUAUAAGUAUUUGGUGUUAGGGGGAGCAAACACUGUAGUUUUUGCCCCCUUAGACACCUCUCAUUAUAAGGUCAAUUCUUGACCCUAAUUGUCGCAUGUCGGGGUUCUUUUUGGCUUAUUGGAGUGAUCUUUGUGCACUUUUGUUGAUUUGGGCUUGGCUCUUAUCCCUUAUCAAUUUCGUUGGAGUUGGUAUGAUUAUCACAAGGACACCAAAAUACUAUGGAACUGUUGAGUGAUGGGCUUUUAGCCCAUGCACAUGUACAUGUAUGUAGUGUGUACGUAGGCCUAGUACCGAAACCCUAGGCCGAUUCUCCUCCUCCCUUUCACGGCUAGGGUUUGUGGAAUAUGUAUUUAUGUAACAUGUACCACAUUCUGGAGAUAAUAAGAAACACCAAAAUCGCCUUUGUGCCGUGGAUUAGUCUCGACGAUCAUACGUUGAGGAUACCACGUAAAUUUGUGUCUCUCUGUUUCGAUUACAUACGUUUCGAUUGUAUCUCUAUAUCAGAUUAGUUAACAUGGUAUCAGAGCUUACGAUCAUGGAAUCCGAUCAGAUGACCACCCGUCUCAAUUCCAAGAACUACGCCAUAUGGGUGUUUCAGUUUCGAACAAUGAUCGAGGGGAAGGGGUUUCUUGGCCAUCUCGAUGGUACAUCUGCACGUCCUGUUGUUCCGCCCUCGACGGAUCAAGAGCUCGCAAAAUGGGUCCAAAACGACGCUAAGGUGCGCCCGAUGCUUCUAAAUUCGGUGGAUCCCACCAUUCUUCUGGGUCUUCGCUUACUCUCUUCGGCUGCCGCCAUGUGGAAAUCAUUGGCCGAUACGUAUGCCUGCACCAGUAAUAACCGCCAGUUUGAGCUUGAAGUCGAGCUUGCCGCCCUUCACCAAGGUAAUCUCAAUGUCGCUUCGUACUUUAAUGCUGCUCGUCUUCUCUGGACAGAACAGGAUCUGCUGUCCGCGUCACUCCUGUCCCAGCCAUUGCCCCCCGAUGCUCAAGCCGAACGCAAUAAGAUCCGUCUCAUUCAGUUCCUGAUGCGUCUCAAGCCCAAGUUCGAACAUGUUCGGGAAACCUUGCUUAACCAAGAGAAGCUUCAAUUUGAAGGAGUUCUUGGCAGCCUAAUUCGCGAAGAGACCCGUCUUCGAACGCAAGCCAAUCUGGAUGCUCGCCCGGGUCAUGGCGAUGUCGCCGCGUUCAGCUCUCUCCCUGGCGGGGCUGCUGCUGGCCGUUCUUUUCCCGCCGGUUCUGAUGCUCUCGCAUUCGCUGCUUAUCGCCCUCAAUUUCAGCGGCCAAACUUGUCUGAAGUUGAGUGCCACCACUGCAAGGAACGCGGACAUACCCAAAAGUAUUGUAAAGCUCGUAACAUUUGCGUUUAUUGCAAAAGGAAAGGCCAUAUCAUUGCUGAAUGUCGCACUCUUCAACGACACAUGGCGGGAGGGACUUCAGCUGCUGGCGGCGCUGAGAGCAGUAGCGCUGGGUUUCGUGGUUCCAGUCUUGCAGCGCCAGCACCUCCUGCUCGGCCAGCUUAUGCGACGACAUCAUCCACUCAUGCGGCAGCGAUAGCUCCCAAUUCUGAAGGGGUGCUGGUGACCUCGGCUACUUUGGAACAAAUGGUGAAUAAGGCUAUCUCCUCUGCCUUUGCGAGCCUACAAAUGUCGGGUAAGAUUCCUACCUGGAUAUUGGAUUCGGGAUGUUUUAAUCAUAUGAACAGUAAUUGUUCUGUGCUUAAGUAUCUUUCUCCUGUUCAUGAUUUAUCCAUACAAGUUGCGUAUGGUGCUAAGCUUCAGGUUAAGGGUGUUGGUUCGGUUAAUAGUUCUCAUGUUCAUUUACCUGAUACUCUGCAUGUUCCCUGUCUUGUUCCUAACUUGGUGUCUGUUGGCCAACUUACUGAACAAGGUUGUCGUGUUGUUUUUGCACCGUCUGGCUGUGUUAUUCAGGAUCUGACGACGGGGAGGGAGCUCGGGAGGGGUAGCAAGCGCGGCCGCAUAUUUGAGCUGGAUGAGCUGACUUCUAAAUUGCCCAUCUCACAAUUAUCAUCAUCAAGCUCUCCUUCGGUGUCUAGGGUGUCUCCUUUUCCUGUUUUUUCGAGUCUGGGUGAACAAAAUUUUCAGUUGUGGCAUUCUCGGUUAGGUCAUCCUAAUUCUCAUCGGCUUGAGACUAUGUUCGACAACAUUUGUUAGGUAAAUCUCCUUCACCUGGGCUUAUUUUGGAUUUUAAGUGUACCAGUUGUGUGGAGGCUAAAACAACUCGGAUUUCUUUCCCUUCGAGUACUACUAUUAUUGCUGAACCUUUUCAUUUGGUCCAUACUGAUCUGUGGGGUCCGAGUCGUGUUACUUCCAGUCAUGGUUACAAAUAUUUUGCCUUAUUUGUGGAUCAUGCUACUCGCUAUACUUGGGUAUAUUUUUUGCGCCUCCAAUCUUAUCUUCUUACUGUUGCCACUGAAUUCCUCACCAUGAUCCAGACUCAGUUUGAUAGAACAUUCCGUGUAGUCCGUUCUGA